AUGGGUCUGGGUGAAAAGGUCAAAGGUUACAGGCUGGAAACGCUUGCUGUCCGAGAAGUUAAAGAGCGAAAGGAUACUGGGCUCGAGGAUAAGAAGCGAAAGGAUACUGGGCCAGAGGAUAGGAAGCGAAAGGAUACUGGGCCAGAGGAUAGGAAGCGAAAGGAUACUGGGCCAGAGGAUAGGAAGCGAAAGGAUACUGGGCCAGAGGAUAGGAAGCGAAAGGAUACUGGGCCAGAGGAUAGGAAGCGAAAGGAUACUGGGCCAGAGGAUUUGAAACGAAAGGAUACUAGGCCAGAGGAUAGGAAGCGAAAGGAUACUGGGCCAGAGGAUAGGAAGCGAAAGGAUACUGGGCCAGAGGAUAGGAAGCGAAAGGAUACUGGGCCAGAGGAUAGGAAGCGAAAGGAUACUGGGCCAGAGGAUAGGAAGCGAAAGGAUACUGGGCCAGAGGAUAGGAAGCGAAAGGAUACUGGGCCAGAGGAUUUGAAACGAAAGGAUACUAGGCCAGAGGAUAGGAAGCGAAAGGAUACUGGGCCAGAGGAUUUGAAACGAAAGGAUACUAGGCCAGAGGAUAGGAAGCGAAAGGAUACAGGGACAGAGGAUUUGAAUCAAAAGGAUACUGGGCCAGAGGAUAGGAAGCGAAAGGAUACUGGGCUGGAGUAUAAGAAGCGAAAGGAUACUGGGCCAGAGGAUAGAAAGCGAAAGGAUACUGGGCUAGAGGAUAGGAAGGGAAAGGAUACUGGGACAGAGGAUUUGAAACGAAAGGAUACUGGGACAGAGGAUAGGAAGCGAAAGGAUACUGGGACAGAGAAUAGGAAGCGAAAGGAUACUGGGCCAGAGGAUAGGAUGCGAAGGAUACUGGGCCAGAGAAUUUGA